AUGGAGGUUUUUCUUGGUGUCGGCCUAGUUGCCGGCGAGAUCUUCAGAUACAACCGGCAAAACUUCGCCUUCGACCAAGACCAACGCUUCCGACGCGAUGAGCUUCGGCUCAAGAUGCAGGUGGAGCGUUUCCGCCUCUUCCGCCAGGACAUUCGAGACCUGGUGGAGCUGACAGUAGGAAAGAUGGACCUCUAUCAUAUGGUUGGUGCGCUCUUCAUUCGCAUGAUCAGUAUCUACUACUCGGAAGGCUUCUUUGAGGAAGCUCCUCCGGUCUUUCUUCAAGUAGCUUAUUAUCUAUCACAGGCCUGCUCAUUAGUAUACCUGCUGAUGGCAAUCUGGCUGUCUAUGCAUGCCUCGAUCAAGUCGCACAGCUACGCAACCCGCUUACUUACCAGGUUUGUUCGGCUGCCCAUCCCCGGAUGUGACCAGCUAGACCUGCUGAAUGCACGCCUCUCUGACUGCGAGAUGCAAGCAACUCAGCUGCUUCGCGUUCCCUUCCUGCAUUCAGGAAGAAAUACUUGGAACGAGCGCGCGACAGUGGAAGUUCCGCCUCAGGAUGUGGCUUCUGCAGAGAACCGAGCUACCAAUGUCCCCAAGCCUACAGGGGAUGAGCUUGAGGAUGGUGAGUUUGCCUACGGUGGCGAGCACAAUAUGCUCGGCAACGAGGAGCUGCUGCAUGCCGUGGAGUUCCGGACGAGGCGACACGUGCAGCUCUUCCGACAGCUCCAAGCCAGGUGGCAAUGCUUUGACGCAUAUUCCCGAGUUUGUAUGUCCUUGGGCGUGCGCCACAUGCUGCAGUCGAUCAACUAUUACUUGUUGGGGCUUUGCAUGGUGCAGACGUACAAUCCGAUGGUGGGCUUCAUGCUGACUGCAGUGUUCCAGGCCCUCGCUUGCAACAUGACGAUCCUCGACGUCCACGGCCUGCCAUGCCUCGGGGGAUUGGAUUUGUCCUUCAUCGGCUUCCUGCCGGCCAUCGCCGCAUGCGUGUCGCUGACGCUUGCGGAACGGGAAGACGGAGAGCUCGUUCCACACAAUGCAUACAUGAUCUCCAUUGCGAUCUAUCCGCUCGAGAUUGCUUGGUUUGAGCUGCUGCACUGGGUGGCAUCGCCAGUGUCGGGCGAGUCCAGCAUUCCUCGGCACUUCCGAGCAGUUCUGUUUAUGGAUGUGUUUGGAGAAGCAGAAGAUCCUGCAGAGAUAGCUAUGGCAAAGAAGGGCACAGUGCUCUCUGCUGUAAACACCUUGGCUUUGGUUGAGAAGGUUCAAAUCGUUCAGGACGCACUCCAGCGUGCCCAAGCAGCUUUGCGCCGUUGGGAGGAAGUCCCUGGCAUGUGGCUUACUUUGCGGCAGAGAAAGGAACUGGAGAAGCUCAGCGACUACUUGCGACUUGAAAUGGCUGGCUUGCAGGAGCUUCUUGACGAGUGCGACCUGGAAGUCAAGAUGACUCGCAUGCGCGAGUGGCCCGAGCUGUCGGACGCCGAGAUUAGGCUCGAGCACUGCGCAGGCACCGUCCUGGGACCCUUCCAUUACAUCAACUCCGCCGGCCUACCGGCAGAGUACCACUGGGAUAUUGAGGGCACAAUGGCGACUGGAAAUUACAAGCUCCUGUACGAUCUCCCAGGGUCGGCGCGCGUGCUGACUCUGGAAGAUGCAGCCGAAACUGUGCGAGACUUCCAGCACCUUAUGGACGACAUCCGCAGGAUGUCUCAAGCUCCUACAGAAGUACCACCUGGGGUCAAAAAGGACAUAGCAGAUGCAGAUGCAGAGAAGCCAGACAGUACGCCAAGGGCUUCUGCGAUCCAUGGGGCCUUCACUGCCCGGGAGACAAAGGAGCUCUACAAGCCCGUGCGCUUGCCCUGGCGAACAGUGAGCUGCCUCACUCGGACCAUCCAAGUGAUCUGGCUCGGUGUGGGCGUCACGGCAGCCAUGCGCGAGUCUCGAGUACUUCUGGUCGACCAUCAGGUGUCCUACAUCGUAGAAGAGCGGAGGCUCCAUGGGCCCGAUCACUUGGUGCCUCAGAAGGAGCACGUGAAUACAACUUGGCCAUACGGGACCUUCAUCCGCAUCGAGGCUAUGCAAUGCAUCCCCUGCGAGUAUGCAUGGGCACGGAGCGAGAGUCCUGUUGUCGUGCGCACUCCCUUUGCUCGUUACGCCCUGCGCGAUUCCGCUGCACACGAGACUUCUACGGAGGAGCUGUUCUGUGGCGUUGGUCUCGGCUGCCUUGCUUUCCGACGCCUGCCGGGCAGCCUCUUGCUUGGGGACCGCUUGGUCAGGCUACAGCUGCCCCACAGAGCAGGACGCCUGUCCGGCGCUCUCUCUGGAUGUGAGGGCUUGCUGAGUGAGCAUGGUGCACUCUGCCUUGUUCUCGCUGUGGAAGUGCCAUCGCCCGCGCCACGUUCGCCUUCGUGCUCAUUAUCCUCACUUUCUUGGGAGUGGACAGAGUCGCACGGACAACAGCAACAAGGACAAAAGCAUCUGCAAGUGCUCCAUGUGAGUCUGGAAGGAAUUUCUUCCGAAGGCCAGGGCGUCUCCGUGCCCAGCUCGCUUGCGGCCUCCGCUUGGGCGUGCGACGUGCCUGUGAAGGCGCAGGCAUUGCAGGCAUUCCACCUCCAAGGCGGCUUGCUCUGGAUCCUCUCUUCGGGGCUGCUUGAAGCCUGGAAUGUGCAAGCCGACCCACACCUGCUCAGGCAAUGGACGACAGAUCUGCCACGUGGAUUUCAGCCCACUGCUUUGUGCAGGCUUUUUGACUGUGGAGACCCUGGAGAGCCAAAGCUGCUCGUUGCCGGACACUCUAGCCAUGGACCAGGCCUCCUACAACUUGCGCCGCCUGCUCCUGCGAAUGCGGCGGACGGCCGAGUCUAG